AUGGCCUUCGAUGAAUCUUCAGCUCUGGCCUGGAUGUUCAUCGUCAAGAAUAUCAAUAUCCCAUCCUCUCCCACUGUACCGCCAGAUCAGGAUGCCGCUACCGAAUCAGAAAGACUCAAUCUAUCCUUCAUGGAUCUACCACGAGAACUCCGAGAUAUCGUAUACGAGCUCUACCUCCCGGAUACAGAAUCCACAUACGACGCAAAGGCACACAAGUUUACCAUCAUCAACCAGGAAUCUAACGACAUGUCUCUUGGAUUCACUUGUCAUACCAUCUUGGAGGAGCUACUUUGUCGCGCAUUCGAAGUCAAUCUGACUUUCCAUGCUGCUUUCGUGCACACGCCACGCGAGAGUGACGAUCAGUGGGUCGAUGACAUUGGCCACAUCCUACUUUACAAGGAGGAUGUCGUCGACAGACUGGCCCGUGGGUUUCUGACGGAGGCCGCGGAAGAAGAGAUAGCUGCAUGCUAUCCCCAGUUUCAGCCCAUACUCUCUGCCUGGCGCUCGAACCGCGAUGAAACAUGGUUCUCCAAAGGUCAUGACUGGGGAGAAGCUCCAUCGAUCUACCGCGACUUCAUCCAUCACACAUUGACUGUGCUCGCAAAGCAUCCCGAGUUCGCGCACGACGACAUAGAGUGGAUGGACAUCUUGCGGAUACCAUCAGGCGCUCAAAUACCAGCUCGCAACCUCUUGGAUCUCACCAAUCUACAGUCAAGACUUUGGACGAUCCCUCGCAACAAAGGCUCCAUGGACUCCGUGUCUAUCUCUGGAUCUCCUACGGAGAAUACCGAUUACCCCAAUACCAUUAGGUACCCAUUCUCGGCCGCAGCCAUCGCAAUACGAUUCCUCAAUUUCCUGCCCCAGGGCCUGCGGAAGCAGAUCCAACGUCUCCGCCUUGUUGAAAACCGGACUUCCAUCGCGCAUCCGGAGUGCCACAUGCGAGGCUUCAUACCAUUCUGCAUCGAUAUGCCAAAACUCCGCAUCGAACGACACGUCAGUAUCUGGAAAACUGCUUCUACUUCCCACCAUUCAUACCCUUGGCGUGACGAGAGACGAGUUUAUGUGCGAAAAGGCAGCCAGGAGCGCAAAACGAAGCCUAAACGUAACCGGAGGAUCUGGCCAAACUGGAGCCCACCUUCAUUCCACGACUGGUUCACAGCUCAUGUAUUACCAGAAGCCCAGUCCGUGACGAAAGCUAUCGCACCCUGGAUCAUAGAGGAUGACGCCUUGGAAUCGCUCGGCAUGCCGCCCGGUGCAUGCACUCUAGUAUUCAAAGGAGACACAGCUGUGUAUCCCAAGCUUGCGCACAACAUGUUCAACAACGUUAUACAACACGAUGCCGCGUGGCAGAUGGCCAUGGACUUGACGUUCAAGCCCAAAGACUCGGAAGCUUCGCAAAUAGAGUGGUUUGCAAAGCGACGCCGUCGCGGUUACUUCUACGAAAGGUUCCCAGUUCUACUUCAGCAAAUGACCGCCGGGAUAGGCCACAUCAUGUGUGACUUCGAUUUGGGCGUUGAACAAGAUGCCUGGACUGUCGCCCAAAGCAUACCACACCAGUCUUCCGUUCACUGGGAUUGGCUCUGGCGCGAUCAUCAGCUGAACACAGAUGAUACGGCGUAUGUUCUGAUGUUCAAGGUCCUGAACCCUAACCGCCCUGGGCCUCGCUGA